AUGAAGUCCUUCGCGCUCCUCCAGAGCAGCCUCCUGCUCUCGCUCGCACUCGGCAUCGGCAGUGUGGCUCGAGCUUCCCCCAUCUCUUCGCAGCCUUUCGCCGAUCUCCUCGCAAAGCGCCAAGACACUCAGGCUACCGACGACCUCACCGUCGAUCUAGGCUACUCACAGUACAGAGGUACUUUCAACGCCACCUCCAACAUCAACUCCUGGAAGGGCAUUCGAUUCACCGCGCCUCCCACCGACAACCUCCGCUGGCAGCCUCCACAGCCACCCUCGCUCAACCGUUCCGACGUCAUCGAUGCAAGCCAGUACGGCUCCCAGUGUCCCCAAAAUCCCUUUGGCAAUCCUCAAGCCCAGACAGACACUCAGCAGUAUCAGGACGCAAACGAAGACUGCCUCUUCCUCAACGUUUUUGCUCCCAAAAAUGCAACCGGUCUGCCCGUAAUGGUCUGGAUUCACGGCGGUGGCUACGGCGCUGGAAACGGUCAGUACGACUUCACCUCCAUCAUCAACGCCAACGACAACGACUUUGUCGGCGUCGCAAUCCAGUACCGCCUCGGUGCUUUCGGCUUCCUCGCCUCCGACGAGCUCAGCCGCUACGGCGUUGCCAACGCCGGCAUCCUCGAUCAGCGCUUCGCGCUCGAAUGGGUCCAGGCCUACAUCUCCCAGUUCGGCGGCGACCCAAGGAACGUCACCAUCGCCGGCGAAUCCGCCGGUGGAGGCUCCGUCAUGCUCCAUGCUCUCGGCCAGGGCGGCACUCUCGGCACCUCUCUCUUCAAGAACGUCAUCGCCGCCAGCCCCUACCUGCCGCUCCAGUUCGGAUACAAGGACUUUGAGCCCUCGCAAUCUUACUACGCCUUUGCCGCCGAAGCAGGCUGCUUCAACGGAUCCGCCUACGGCAACACCAACCAGAACAUCUUCCAGUGUCUCCUCACCAAGGACUCCCAAACGCUCCAGCAGGCCAACGUCAAGGUCUCGGCCAGCAGUUUCUUCGGCACGUGGUCCUUCUUGCCCGUCACAGACGGCACCUACGUGCAGGAUGUGCCUUCGCAACAGCUCAAUGCCCGACGCGUCAAUGGCAAACACCUCCUCGUCGGUAACAACGGCGCAGAGGGCGGUCUGUUCGUUCCGCGCUCCAUCAACACCCAAGAGGACCUCACAACGUGGCUCAAGACCCUCCUCCCUCUCCUCAAGGACGAAGACGUCACAAAGAUCCUGCAGCAGUAUCCUCUUGACACCAACAUCACCACCAACUACGCCACCAAUGGCCUCGACUCGCCAGACGCAACCAGCGUCUCCCCCGUCGCCCACGGUCAGCAGGCACGCGCAGACAACAUCUAUGGCGAGCUCACCUUUGUUUGCCCCAGCUACUGGAUGUCCGAAGCCUACAGUGGAUCCGGUCGGUCCGCAUACCGCUACCAGUACAGCGUUGUACCCGCUCUGCACGGCAACGACGUCGUCGGCUACUUCGGCCCGCCCUCCAACGUGCAGGGUCCGGACUUUGUCAAGGCAUUCAUGAACAUUUACGGCAACUUUGUCACCAAGGACAAUCCUUCCAUCUCUUCGGCUCUCGCCAACGGCAACUCGUCUUCGUCGCCGGCGCAGCCCAAUGCGGCCGAAAAUUGGCCAAAGUUCUCUCCGUCCACUCCGUACCAGAUCAACCUCAACCAGACCGGCGGCACCCUCGGCUCCAUGCCGGACCUCGGCGCAAAUGUCACCAUCUUCACCGGUCCCGGCCUGCGCAACGACUUCUCCAAAGUGAACGCCUACACUUGGGAAGGCGGCAGGGGUGCGAGGUGCGACUACUGGAGGUCCAUCCACAAUCUCCUCCCCAACUGA